AUGGGGGGCACAGAGGCGGCGGGCGGCAGCCAGGGGCCGAGCGGGGCCCGGAAGGCUCUUCCCAGAGAGAUGCAUGGAGUGGGGGCAGGAGAGCUCGGAAAAGUUUUUGUGGAAACACAGACAGAUCGCUCAGAGACCCUGAGGUCUGUCUCAUUUGCUGCUGGGGGGGAAAACAGCAUGUCGGGAUCACAACUUGGAGCUGGGAAUUUUCCAGCUGUAUCCCCGCGGGCGGGAAUACGGUGUGGAACUUGUAACAGCUCAUUGGACAGGGUCACAAAUACGAAUUCUGGGUCUGCAGCUCGAGAGCAGACCAAUUCGUAUGACUCUAAUGAAACCAGAUUUAGUGAAUUGAGACGUGAUUUAUCAGGCUCUGGCUCUCUUCCUGUAACAAAUACAACACAUUCCUCGGCUGCUACCUCCAUUGCAGGGGUGGGUGGUGGGAAUGUGGAGCCUUCCUUCCUGGUCCUUCCUGGCACGGUUCCUAGGAAAGUUUGUUGCUACAGCAACACCUCUGCCAAGAAGAACUUGGAUCUUGGCAGAGUUCCUGGGACAGCUGAUGACACUGACAAUAUUAUCUGUUCCCCUACAUCAGACACAGGAGUGGUGAGAGGGAAAAACAAAAAGCAAUCUAAAUCAGAGGCAAGCCCUCCAUUGCAAUUACCUAAUUGGUCUAGUAUUAAUCAAAAUUUAGAAAAGGAUUUGGAUUCAAAGGAACAACUCCUUGCAUUACCUGUAAGAUACGGUCGUAAUGAUGUAAAUCCACGAUUUGAAUCUCUUUCUCACCAUGAUAUAAAAGAACUCCGCCAAGCUUUGAAAGAGAGUGGGUUCUCUUCUCCUUAUUUUGAUAGUGUGUUGAAAAGUAUAUUUAAUUCUUAUGACUUAGUCCCUGCUGAUUGUCGAUAUGUGGCAUCUCUGAUUUUAACCAAUUCACAAUAUAUUUUAUGGGAAUUACAAUGGAAAAAACUUCUUAGGAAAUUGGUUGAAAGAUAUGAAAAUACUCCUUAUGAGAAUUUAGGUAUUACCUAAUUAGCAGGUGAUCCACCUUUUCAUAGGCCAAAAAACCAAGCGGUGGAAUUGCCUCGGCCUGUACUAACAGAUAUUAAAGAUGCUGCUAGAGAAGCUUUAUUUUCAGUUGAGCCAGCUGGUACCCAUGUAAAUGCGUAUACUACUAUCAGACAAGGUGAAACAGAAUCCUAUGGUUCUUUCCUAGACAGAUUAACCCAAGCAGUUGAAAGACAAUGUCCAGAUGAACCAGUAUGCUCCUAUAUUGUUCAAAACCUUGCUUCUGUAAAUGCUAAUGAUGAAUGUAGAAAAAUUAUUUUAACUUUACCUGAUCAGCCGCCAACUGUUACACAGAUGCUAAUAGCUUGCAGUAGGCUCACCUCUCCACAACAUCUUGCUAAUAUGGAAGUCAAUACUUUUGGAAAGCAAAUUGCAGAAUCUCAAGAAAAGUUAGGAAAAACAUUGGGAGAUAAAUUUGAAAAGUUCCUAGAGGUACAAGAAAAAAUUUGGGGAAAGUCUGUUGGUACUGUACAGUUGGACUCUGAUAAAAAGUCUUGUUGCACAAGCUUUGUCUCCAGUUUGACAGAAGUAUCCAAGAUCCAUGAUUCUACACUACAUGGAUGAUUUGCUCAUCGCAGCUCCAACGCAGACAGAGAUGGAGCAAACCCGUGCUAGUGUUGUUGCUGAAAUCCAAAAUGCUGGACUUGAAAUUUCUACAACAAAAAUCCAAGAAGUUCCACACUGGAAGUAUCUGGGAUGGAAGAUGACUGAAAAAACAAUUACACUGCAGAAGAUACAGCUCCGGACCAGUGUCAACAAUCUGUGCAGGAAUUAAGUGGGUCCCAGCCAAGAACGUCAAACCAUAUCGCACCCCAGAACGUGUUGACGAGUCCAAAACCGAGGAAGCAAGUUACGCAGACAGGAGGCGAACAGAGGGAUCCCGGGUCACGCCUGACGUUCCUUGUUCAUCGGUGGAACCUGCAAACUCUGACUUUCUGUUAUUUUUUCUGUGUGUCAAUUGUUGGUUUUGUAGAGCUGAUUUUUGGAAAAGGCGGGGUUUUUGUUUUGUUAUGUUGUAGAUCCCCUCUAUUGGAAUUUCAAAGGUGAAAUCUUAUUUUAAGAUCAAAAAAAGCAAAAUUCUUAGAUUGAUGGGAGGAUUUUUGCCAAAAGUUAGCUCGUGAAAAGGAUGGAGCAAAAUCAAAUUAUAUGCUGGUGUUGGUGGGUUUUAAUUGCUUCUUGUAGUGCAAAUUUGCCUGUGGAACAACCAAAACCAAAUGUUUGGGUGACCUUAGCCAAGGCAGCAGGCUCAGAUACCAUAUGUUUGUCUAAUUCGGAACCAGAAAAGCCUUUCUCAACCUGUCUGGUCGGUGUCCCAGUAAAGGAUUUGCCUUUGAUCAAAAAGCAAUCUAAUGGUGAGCCUGGUGAAAUUGAUAAUGGGAGCAAUCUUAUAUUGAAUUGGAACAUCUGGGCCAAAGAACUUCCCAAAGCAGUAUCUGAACCACAAGAAUUAGAAAUCCUUGGUUCUUUAACAAUGGAUUUUUGCUUUACAUUUACAGCUAAUGAUUGGCGAUCCUCCAAAGUACAAUGUUACUCCCCAUUAUUUUGCAUACAGAAAUUUAAGUUUUUGGUGUAAUCAUUCAAACAGUUGGGAUGUGCUUUCUGAGGCUGACCAAUAUCCACAACAAUUGCCAAAAGGAUAUUGGUUCAUCUGUGGAGAUAGGGCUUGGCAGGGCAUUCCAUCAUGCCUUGAAGGUGGCUCAUGUAGCAUUGGGAUGCUCACUGUGAUAGCACCAACUGCUAAAGCAGUCAUGAAAAAGAAACACAGGGGAACAAGAGCUGUUCAUCAUUAUGAUGAAAACUGUAGGAGUGAUUUCAUGUCUUGGAGAGCUGCGAAAAGGGUUUCGGCAGGUUUGUUUUUACCCCAACUGGCUUCAGCAGUGGCAUUGAAACAAUUGGAUCGGGUUGGAUAUUGGCUGAGUAAAUAGACUAAUGCCACAUCCACUGCAAUCAGUGAUAUGUUGACCGAUGUUAAUAGUGUUAGGCAUGCUACCCUUCAAAACAGAGCAGCAAUUGAUUUUCUUUUACUGGCACAAGGACAUGGUUGUGAGGAAUUUGAAGGACUAUGUUGUAUGAACCUGUCUGAUCAUUCUGAAUCCAUCCACAAAAGCACACAAAAGCUGAAAGAUUUGACUGCUCAAAUUAAAGAAGAUGGUGAGUCCUGGUUAGAUGAUUUGUUCCAAGAAUGGAGCUUUACACCUUGGCUAAGGGAACUUUAUCAGAUAGGUCUCUAUGAGUUGGGUGUUCUGGUAGUUAUAUUAGUAGUAGUACCUUGCAUACUCCGGUGUGUGCGACAAAUGAUGGACAAAACUAUCAAAGAAGUUUUUAUCAUACAAGAGAGAGAGGUAGGAAAUGGAUGCACAGAGAGCUCUCGGAAUCUUACCGAGAUGGUGGAUGAAGGUAUAGACUUAGAAGAAGGUUUUGAAUUAAGACCUUGGAACCAACAAGACUUUUUUGAACAAUGACUCGUAAUUAUUACCAAGCAUGAUUUAUGCCCUUUGAACAGACUGGACUUUCACAGCAUUAAAUUGCUGUGUUAAAUUGAAUAUAGCAAUGCAAUUGCUGUGUUAAAUUGCAUAUAGCAAUGCUUAGGGCAAGCUGAAGGUGCUUUAAGUAGUUAAUAAGCAUAAAUAAAAGAGCAAGGCUAUGAAAUGCAAGGUAGUAAAAAAUUACACAGUUACAAAGAUUUCUUUUUAGGUGAACCGAGAGGGGGAAUUGUGGGAAUCCCCAGAAUCAGAGGGUUUUGGGAAAGCUGCAAAAGGCAGGCCUCAGAGACAGCAGAACUGUGAUUAGAGAUAAGCAGUAGCCAUGAGAUAGGUCAGACAAAAAAUUAUUUUAAAAGUAGAAAUGCAAGGACGAACAGAACAAUGGUCUGUGUAUUAAUGCUUGUAUAGGAUAACUUCCUAAGCUGCAGAAAAGAUUAUCUAGCAAGAUAUUAGGAAGUUUGAAGUUUCAUAAUGGAGCUCUGUGCAUUGUGUUUUAAGGCUUACAAGCAGGCAAUGUAUUCGAAAUAUGCAAGCAUUGUUUUAACCACAGGUACAUGUGCUUAUAGCGGUUGGAUGGAACCACUGUCAAUAUGCUUCUGCUUUGUGUGAUUGGUCAAAAAAGUUAUAAAGUAAGUUGUAACAUUACGUUCUUUGUCUGCUGCUUGGGAUGCGAGCUACUGGCAUCUUCCCCUUGUCGUAACCAUGUAAUGAGAUGAAAAGUAAACCAGCUCAAGGCACGUUCCACA